AUGAGGUAUCAUUCUUACGAACUAGAAACGUUAGCAGUUGUGAACGCCGUCAAGCAUUUCCGUCAUUAUCUCCACGGACGAGAAUUUCUUGUCGUCUCCGAUUGUAAUCCUUUGAAGGCAUCCAGUGGUAAGUCAAUUAUGCACUUAGGUUGGGAUAAAACGCUUGAGAAACUGUGCGAGUGUUACUGGUUCGAAGGAAUGGCGGAGUAUGUUCGCCAAUUCGUAGAGAACUGUCACGCUUGUCAAGUUUCGAAGGCCAGUUCAGGUAAAAUACAAGCUGAAUUACAUCCUAUACCUAAGACCAGCAUACUUUGGCAUACAGUUCACGUGGACAUAACGGGCAAACUAAGCGGUAAAAGUGGUUCGAAAGAUCCCUGCCGGAUAAUAGCGGAUCAGGGAAGAUGUUUUACGGGCAAAGAAUUUCCAGACUUUUGUCAAGAUAAAUACAUUAAACUCCAUUUAAUUGCGACCGGAGCUAGUAGGGCCAACGGGCAGGUAGAGCGUAUUAUGAGUACGCUAAAAAACAUGUUCACAACAAUAGAAACCACCGGGCGGUCCUGGCAAGACGCGAUCGGGGAAACACAACUGGCCUUAAAUUGUACCACCAACCGCGUGACUAAGUCAAGCCCGUUGGAACUACUAAUCGGUAAAACAGCGAGACCCUACGGCUUAUCCCUACCCGACAGUAUCGAAGAAAGAGAGAAGAAGCAAGACGUUCGAGUUUUCGAAAAUUGGCCUGUAUCUUUCAUUGACCCUGUCAGUCUUGCAGCUGCAGGAUUCUAUUAUACUGGAAACUUGGAUGUAGUGAGAUGCUUUGAAUGUCAAUUGGUGGCAAGUCAGUGGUCGGUGGGUGAUAUUCCCAUGCAGAUUCAUGAAAUGUGUUCUCCAGAGUGCAGAUUUAUCCGCAAUGAACGUUGUAAUAAUGUACCAAUUGGAGCAAGUCCUGCUAAAGUUCCACGGACAAAACGAAGAAAUAGAAAUAUAUCUUGUCCUCAUGGUUUACAAUAUCAAGAGUCAUUUGAUUUUAAUGAUCAUGGAUUUUUAAGAUCCUCACGCACCCCGACGGCAUAUCAACUUAGCCGUUUGGGACUAAAAAGUGUUAAGAAACCAGAAAUAUUGCAAUAUGCUAGUUACGAAUCCAGAUUAAAUUCAUUCGCAACAUGGCCUACAGAUGUGACACAGCCAAGUGAAGAAUUAGCCCAUGCAGGCUUCUACUACACCGGAAUAAAUGAUUUCACUACCUGUUACCAUUGUGGAAUUUGUAUAGGCAAUUGGAGACCAGAAGACGAUCCAUGGGACAGACAUAUGAUUUUGUCUCCCAGAUGUUAUCAUCUUCUUCCAGCACUGGGCUGGGAAUAUGUCAAUAAUGUAACAGACCAGGAGUUAUAUGAAACUGCUGAAGGUGCACCAAUAGAAAGUACAGAUGAGAAUCCUGAGAGAUCCAAUAGUGAAAAUGUUACCAAUGAAAUGACUCUCGUUGAGAAAAUUAAUAUACUUUUUACUAUUUUAGCCACUCUGGAGGAAGAAAAUCGACCAUUGAAAGAUGCUCGUUCGUGUAAAGUUUGCACGGAACGAGAAGCCACAAUUACGUUCCUACCUUGUGGACAUUUAGCAACAUGCCAGUACUGUUCACCAGCUUUCACAACGUGCAUCAUUUGCCGAAGAAAAGUCAAGGCCAUUACCCAUACAUUUUUCGCGUAAUGCAUGCACAUGUAAAAAUUAGCUUAUUCAUAUCUCUUAUAUCAAUAUACUUUAUAAUUUCUUAAAAAUGACAUGACGGGCAUUCUUUGACGCGCUCCCGUCGACUAAAGAGUAACGUCUUUACGCUCAGCAAUUAUUUUUACGAGUCAGACUUAGAUUCAGCGAGAACGCCCAUCUGUCAUCCCGUUGGCCGCGGAUUUGUUAUUGAACCGGAGAUCACUGUCACUAGUGUCGCGGACGUCUCACCGCCGUGAUAGAUUGUCAAACCUGCGUUAUUCAUACCUGUGUCAAUAAAUCGUAUCUUCGCUACACCGCAACGAUGACUACCUUCAAUGAAGACUCCUCAAACUCCGACAACCCUAUCCCCACUGCCUCUCC